UUCACCAAUCACCAUCAUCGGUAGGCGGUUGCUGUAUCUUCGCUGACCGUCGCCUCGUUCACUUCUAUCGGGCCUCUUGCCGGAACUAGGUUGAUUCCGAUUGCGCCUCCCUGUUUGAUUGAGAUUUUCUCUGCUGAAAUUUCUUUUUGUUAGUAACAAAUAAAAUCCAGCUAAGAUGGGUAAGGAAAAGACUCAUAUUAACAUUGUCGUAAUUGGACACGUCGACUCUGGCAAGUCGACCACCACCGGCCAUCUGAUCUACAAAUGCGGCGGUAUCGACAAGCGUACGAUCGAGAAGUUCGAGAAGGAAGCCCAGGAAAUGGGUAAGGGUUCCUUCAAGUAUGCCUGGGUGUUGGACAAACUGAAGGCCGAACGUGAGCGUGGUAUCACCAUCGAUAUUGCCCUGUGGAAGUUCGAAACCAGCAAGUACUACGUGACCAUCAUCGAUGCCCCUGGACAUCGUGAUUUCAUCAAGAACAUGAUCACCGGAACGUCGCAGGCCGAUUGUGCUGUGCUGAUCGUUGCCGCUGGUACUGGUGAGUUCGAAGCCGGUAUCUCCAAGAACGGCCAGACCCGUGAGCAUGCCCUGCUUGCCUUCACCCUCGGUGUCAAACAGCUGAUCGUCGGUGUCAACAAGAUGGACUCGACCGAGCCACCAUUCAGCGAGUCUCGCUUCGAAGAAAUCAAGAAGGAAGUCUCGUCCUACAUCAAGAAGAUCGGUUACAACCCGGCCGCCGUUGCCUUCGUCCCGAUCUCGGGAUGGCACGGAGAUAACAUGUUGGAACCAUCUACCAACAUGCCGUGGUUCAAGGGAUGGGCCAUCGAACGUAAGGAGGGCAAGGCUGACGGCAAGUGUCUGAUCGAAGCUCUGGAUGCUAUCCUGCCCCCAUCUCGCCCGACCGACAAGCCCCUCCGUCUGCCUCUGCAGGACGUCUACAAAAUCGGUGGUAUCGGAACAGUACCAGUCGGUCGUGUGGAAACCGGUGUCCUGAAGCCCGGUACCGUUGUCGUCUUUGCCCCAGUGAACUUGACCACUGAAGUUAAGUCCGUUGAAAUGCAUCACGAAGCCCUGCAGGAGGCCGUGCCCGGAGACAACGUUGGUUUCAACGUUAAGAACGUCUCGGUCAAGGAAUUGCGUCGUGGAUACGUUGCUGGUGACACCAAGAACGCUCCCCCCAAGGGCGCUGCCGAUUUCACCGCCCAGGUUAUUGUGCUGAACCACCCUGGACAGAUCGCCAACGGAUACACCCCAGUGUUGGAUUGUCACACCGCUCACAUUGCCUGCAAGUUCUCCGAAAUCAAGGAGAAGGUUGACCGUCGUUCCGGUAAAUCCACCGAGGACAACCCGAAAUCCAUCAAGUCUGGUGAUGCUGCCAUCGUCAUCUUGGUCCCAUCCAAGCCGCUGUGCGUUGAAUCUUUCCAGGAGUUCCCACCUCUGGGACGUUUCGCCGUGCGUGACAUGCGACAGACCGUCGCUGUCGGUGUCAUCAAGGCUGUCAACUUCAAGGACGCCUCCGGUGGCAAGGUGACCAAGGCCGCCGAAAAGGCCCAGAAGGGUAAGAAAUAGCCGCCAACAGAGGAUGCCACCGGCAUUUCCACCCUCGCUGGUGGCCACCGCAACAUCUGCAGCAACCAACAUCCCAAGUCCACCUCGAGACGGCUGAUCAACAUCAAAUCCUUUCACUGCUUCCAUCGGAAGGCAUUCAGACGAAAAGUAAACGGGCUCUUUAAUUCAUUCCUUUUUUGCUAUCUUAGGAGAACAAUUUACAUAUUAAUAACACUAUAAUUAUUAAUAUUUAAACUACACGAAGAGAAACAAAAAUAAAACAGAAGUAGGAUACACAAGCAGAAUACAGUUGUGUGUGAAUGCGUGAAGAUAGGAAAAGCGAUAGGUUUUCCAGACAUUAAAAAAUAUACCAAUCUGUAAAACGAUUGAAAACUAAAA